ACGGGUGUGUGACGUGGAGUGAGUUCACGGUUGCACACGGACUCGGAGCUGAAGUCAGUGCACGCUUACGGACAGUAGUGACAUGACGGAGCUGUGCUGUUGGUAACGAUAAAAAGGGUACGCGCUUAAAGUCGUUUUAACUUCCCCGUGACAAAGGAAGGAACUUCGAGGAAGAGCUUUGAGCGGUCCUGGGGCACAUGGAAACGCAAUGUGGUUGGGAAAACAGCGGUGGACUUUUUCAUAGUUUCACCCGGGAGGAGGCGAAGUGAGCGGCGAGAUUCGACAUGCUCAUCCCGGCGCCGUUGCUUGCCUCCCUGCUGCCUCUGCUGAUCCUCUGCCGGGAAACUUUCAGCCAGUACUCCAGCGACCAGUGCAGCUGGAAGGGCAGGAAACUGGGCGUUCCUCUCCCAGAGUCAAACCACUAGCUUGGCAUGCGCAUGCUGGUAGACUACUGAUGGCUUCCUGCCUUUGGCUUUGCCACAGAAUGACUGACAGACUGGAGUUUUCAAAUCCUGACCAGGCAUUAAGUUCUGGAGGGAGUCAUCUGGUCAUGCUGGCGCCACAGUCCGAAGUGCUGCCCGGACAAGUCUCUUCCAGUCUCUUUGGUGGCUUGAAUGCGAGGGGAGGUUCGUGGACUAACGCAUGAAGGCCACACCAGAGACGUAGAGCAGGUCUACCUACGUUGUUCCCAAGGCUCCUUGGAGUGGCUCUACCCCACGGGGGCGAUCAUCGUGAACCUUCGACCCAACACACUGUCUCCUGCUGCUGCUCGCCUCUCUGUUUGCAUCAAACCCACCACAGACUCUAGUGGUACCAACGUUUACUUGGACCGUAAUGGAAAGUUGCGUUUGCUGCUGCAAGAACAGGAGCAGGCUCAGGGCAAGGUGCACUGCUUUGGCAUCCAGGAGGGGGCUAUCUUCAUCGAAGCCAUCCCUCGCACGGACAUUAGUCGGAGGAUCACAGCGUUCCAGUACGAGCUGGUCAGUGACAGACUGGGAGCGGAUGCAAAUUCAGUUGGUGCACAUUGUCAGCCCUGCAGUGACGCUGAGAUACUUCUAGCAGUCUGUACCAGUGACUUUGUUGCACGGGGCAAAAUUAACAAGGUGGUGCAAGAGGAGGAACACUCUUCCAUCACGGUGGAGAUGAGUCGCCUCUACAGACAGAAGACCCAGGUCUUUGUGUCUGGAGGAGUAAGGGGACGCAGGUGGACUGGUCGCAUUAAGAUGUCCGUGCACUGUGGGGUGAGGUCUGGAGAGGGCGAGUUCCUCUUCACUGGGACAGUCAGGUUUGGGGAGGCCUGGAUGGGCUGUGCCCCACGCUACAAAGACUUCCUCCGGUUGUAUCAGGAGGCGCAACAGCAAGGGACCAACCCUUGCCAUGUGGACACAGACUGACAGGGCUAUUUCUGGGCCUCGCUUAAAAAUAGGACAAGUCCUCGCUGGGUGAUGACGAGAGCCGAGCCCGAAUGAUCAUGAGAGGAAAUGCUGUCAGACUUUUCCCUCAAUUGCUGUUCUGUGAGUGUUUGGAGACAAUGAUUGAGCUCCUGAACGUUGCCAAGCAGCCUGUUAACCAGACUGUGUUCUCAGAGUCGAACAUGAUGCAGUGUGGAAUGUGUUGGACUGCUUCUUUAUUCGCAGACGAGGAGAUUCCUAGGAUUCUAAAUGUAGCAGAUGCCAGUUGGUUUUAUUUGUAUAAAAUGUGAAUGAAUGCUGUAUAUUUUGAAGCUCUGCCUCCUUUGUAAAAAAAAAGCCUGAUGUACAGUCCUGAUGUUCUUUCUUAUGAUCAAAAUGUAAAAAAAUUAAAGCCUCCUAUUUUUUAUUUUUGUUUAAAAAAUGAUCCACGUUUUAAUGAGUGGAUUGAUUGUGCAGUAUGUGCUGCGCAAUUGUUUAAAAAAAGAGACAAAAAGCGAUAAGCAAAACAUCUCUUUGCGCUUGAAGAAUAAACGCUUAUUCUGUUGAA